CCUGCCGCGGUGACGUCACGGUUGCCAUGGAGAGGGCGGCUCGGUAGAGACCCCGGGCUGCUACCAGUUUUGAAGCCCUGUCCGCGGGCACCAUGAGCGGCCGUAGUAGGGGUCGAAGGUCUUCCCGCGCCAAAAGCCGGGGCAAAGGCCGGGCCAGGGCCCGGGUCCGCGCCGCUGCGGACGACGCCUGGCGCGACGAAAAGUCGCCACAGGGCCCGCGGCUCGGGGAGGACGCCGCGGCCGAGCAGGUGCAGGCCGGCGCUGCUCAGGGAGGCACGGAAGCAGCCGAGCCCGGGGAAGACGCGGCCCGCCGCCUCCCGCUGGAUUGCGGCCUGGCGCUGCGGGCACGGGCUGCGGGCGAGCGCGGGCUGGUGGCCACCGACCCCGGUCUGGAGCGGGCCACAACCCUCGCCGAGCGCCUGACCGGCGACACCGCUUUCGUGGGAACCGUGGGUGCCUUGGCGAGGCUGCGACAUGGCUCCCGCGUUGGAAGUAGGCGAGUCCCCGGGAGGAAGGCCCCAGACACUCGGAGCGCCGCGAGGAGGGGACCUCAGGCCACAGUCAGUGGGAAGCCAAAGAUGGGAUGUGCCGGGCCAUGUGCCGCUGUCCCAGUGGGGGAGGAAAAGAGGGUAGCAGAGAAGCAUGCUGGGUCAGGGCCCCCCGCGCUAGUAGGCAGCAUGGAUACCCUGGAGACGGUCCAGCUAAAGCUGGAGACCAUGAAUGCGCAGGCUGACAGGGCCUAUCUCAGGCUUACCCGCAAAUUUGGCCAGUUGCGACUUCACCACCUAGAGCGCCGGAACCUCCUCAUUCAGAGCAUCCCUGGCUUCUGGGGUCAAGCUUUUCAGAACCACCCCCAGCUGUCAACUUACCUGAACACCAAAGAUAAGGAGGUAUUGAGCUACUUGAACAGACUGGAGGUAGAAGAGCUUGGCCUUGCCCGAUUGGGCUAUAAAAUCAAGUUCUACUUUAGCCGAAACCCCUAUUUCCAAAACAAGGUGCUCGUCAAAGAAUAUGGCUGUGGGCCGUCCGGUCAAGUGGUGUCUCGCUCAGCUCCAAUCCAGUGGCUACCGGGUCAUGAUCUAGAGUCCCUAAGCAAGGAAAACUCAGAAAACAAUGGUAGCUUCUUUGGGUGGUUUUCAAACCACAGCUCUAUUGAGUCUGACAAGAUCGUUGAGAUAAUCAAUGAAGACCUGUGGCCCAAUCCUCUUCAGUACUACCUGAUCAGCGAAGAAGCCCGUGGACAGAAAGGAAAGGAAGAAAGGCCAGGCCCACCAAGACAGCCAGUGGAGAGCCCUGAACCUGCACUGAGGCAGCCCAACUGACCCAGAACGGAUCUCCUUACUACCUCUUGCACCUGUUAGGCUCACCACGUGGGUUUUGCUGUCUGCU